AUGGUGCAAGCGUGUGGAGGGGAUACUCAUGACAUCACUGAACUUAGCUUGCUGCAGGGCCUGCUCGUGGAUCUUCUGAAGGAGAAGAGGUUCUUGAUUGUGCUUGAUGAGCUGUGGAGCAUUGAAAAAGCUAUACGCGAUCUGCUCGAGGGGCCUCUUCGAUUUGCUAGCUGGGACAUCGAAAUGUGUUCUGAAUUGGCAUCAAUAGGUGAGGAGAUUGUCAAGAGGUGCAAGGGCCUUCCGCUUGCAGCCAAGGUAGUUGGGGAUCUGAUUCAGUGUAAACCUAAUGGAGAGAAGUUAUUGGAGGUCUUACACAGUGACGUGUUGAAUAAUGAUGAUUUCAUGAAUGAGAUUCUGCCAGUCAUCAAGCUCAGCUAUGAUCAUCUCCCGCCGCAUUUGAGAAACUAUUUUGCAUACUGCUCCUUGUUUCCCAAUGGAUACAUAUUUGAUAAAGAACAAUUAAUCCGCUUGUGGAUGGCACAAGGAUUUCUUCAACAUCAUGAAAGGUUGCAGCCUGAAGAUGUUGGUCGCAAAUAUUUUGACAACUUGCUUGGGAAAUACUUCUUCUAG